GCCUCCUGCUUUCCUUUCCUCAUCUCCCAACUGCCAGCAGCUCAUCUUUCGCCCAUCACAUCCAAUCCAUCAUCACCUCACUCCACGUGGUCCAAUCAAUCCCUAUCCUCAAUCGUGUCUCCAAGAUACCUGUGUAUAUACUGUCCUUCAAACUUCGCUUCUCCGAGAGAUUUAUCUCAACAUCUGCGCCAAAUCCACCCCGCCGAAUACAAUGAGGUCCCUCUCGGUCGUCUCCUCAACGACCGUCGAACACGACGAAGUUGGUGACAAAAUGAAGAACACACCCUACUGAUGUUAGCAGACGCAGCAGUCGAUCGAUUCAUCAGCCAAGCCGAACUGUAUCAACACCUACACGACCAUCUGUCACAUCGCUUAGUUGAAGUCAUCAAACGCCGUCUGCAAACACUCAAAUGGAUGACAUUUGUCCCGUCAUCAUCGCGCUCUGCAUCAACCGUUGGUUCCUAUUCGACUCCAUCCUCACCUGCAUCAUCACAUGAAAGCUAUGCUGCUAGAUCAGCACUGCAUAUACGUUCAAGGCCUCAAACUUGGUCCGCUCAAGAAGGCUCUCGGUUGAUGUCAACUGCCAGAUGUCUCGAUUCCCCUUCACUUGCGCCUAAACAGUUCUUCGCUCUUGUUGCUGAAACCAUUGGCAACCGCACCACCAGUGUGAUUUGUAAGCGUCUAUGCAAGCUAAAGUGGAGACGUACACUUAACCCAUCUCUACCAACAAUAGUCCUCACUUCAAAUACGUCUUAUCGACAAACUGAGCCAAGUACCUCACCCACUGAUGUGUUCUCCGUCAACAGAUCAAUUUCCGCUCCUACAAGUCCAUGCAGAAUAUGCUGACUCAGCCGAAGGAACAGCAAGCCCUCCAAUGUGCCGUCAUUAAUGAUUACUUCGUAUUCGAUGAAUUCACCCAAUCAAUGCAAAUACCAGUACCACUAUGCAAUAAGUACCGUCAACAGAACAAAUUUAUAUUCUCCCACUGCUGUGUCA